GGCGUCGUUGCUACUGCGUGCAAUGUGUAUCGUGUAGGCGUUGGCGAGAGGAAGGAGGCGAGAGAGCCGCGACCGCCGCCGCCACUCGCUCUUUCGGAAAUGUGUCGUCCGUGAGGAGAAAAAAAGACAGCGUGUGCACGAGGAAGCCGGUGUGACGCGUGUUCACAUGUGCAUUUCAUUUCGCGAGGAAUCCUCCUUCGAAAGCGUUCGUCGUAUCUCUCUGCUCUCUUCUUCCCCCUCUCCCACCGUACCACCGCCUCUAUCUCUCUCUCUUUCUCUAUUUCUCUCUGUCUCUCUCUUUAUCAUACAUUGUGUCUCUAGAGCACUGUCCAAGCCUUGGCCACGACGACGGAGCCACGUCUCCGCGUCCUGGUAAAGCGUGAGUGAUCCUCAUUGUCAUCAUUAUUAUUAUUAUUCCGUGAGUAGUGGUAUCGGGGAAGAUCGCCGCCGAUCACGGCGUUCCGUGUCGCGUCCUAGAAGAAAGACAGGACGGACGAACGAACGUACGGGGGCGUGAACGACGCCCGUCCUCGCCGCUGCAGCAUCGUUCUUCGCUACGUCGUUUCGGAGUACGUCCGUCCUCCUUAUCGAGACACCUCUCUCUCUCUCUUUCUCUCGUUUGCUGGCAUAGAGAGGUCGUGACUUCCGGAGAGAAAGGAGAGAGAGAGAGAGAGAAAGGUGUGCUGACCGCGUUCCUCGUCGUGACGUGCAGGACCAGCAGAGGAGACCAAGAGGAGACGACGAGUGUAUCCAGUCCUCGUGGCACUUCCUCACGUUUUUCAUCUCGCAUCUGAAGGCGGGAUUUACGCCGGAUCCCGCGUUGCCCUUCGCAGCACGAAGGCGUGCUAUUCGGCUCCAAAGGUCCAUCAUCCUUGAACGAGGGUCUAUUAUACUCCGAAAUCCUGUGGAGAAUAAGAAACGGGUCAGUGUUUGAGAGAAAUUUUUGGCAGAACCAAGACGAGAAGAGAAUUUAAGAAAAUUUAAACCGCGGGAUGUUCCGGUCGAGAAGACGCUGAACAAGAGGAGAAAAAAGACCAACCGCAGCGAGACAUGUUCGGCGUCCUGAAGGAAGAUCCGACCGGUGAAACGGGUGGUUAAUCGCGCUGUAUUUUACGCUCCCUCCUCCCCCACCCCCCAGUUACGAGAGUGAGAUCCUGACGAUUCUCUUCGUGGAUGAAUAUCGGCAGCAUUUACGUUUGACGUUUGUAUUACUCCGAAUUUAUUAUUCUCCAUUACGGCUCCAAAAGGACUCGAACGGAGCCGGCACGCUUCCAUGUGCGCAUCGGGAUCCUAAGGAGGCGCGUGGUUUGACAGGACCUCGCGAACGGAGCGCCGCGGCGCCGGGUUCGAAAGGAUUUCAAGGAUUCGAGGAAUUUUCGCUUUCAUUCUUUCCUCCUCCUCCUCCUCGCGUUUGUUCGCUCGCGUCCUCGGCCUGUGUGAUAUAUUCGGUUCGGACAAAGGCGUGGAUGAUACCGGCAGGCUAUUCAACAACAACAACGACGGCGGUCACGAGGCGGAUCCUAUUUCCUGCGGCUGUAACGGGUGUCACGGCCGAUUCGUGGAAUGUGACGGGAGACGUCGCUCGUGGAGCAGCGAGUCGUAGAAAAGAAAACAUCAUCUACCGCUCGGGAGCAAGAGACACAAAUCGGCUGGCUGGUGAAUCGCCGGAUCGAGCAGAGACAGGAGCACAACAUAACUCGCACUGAGAUCACGCAGAGACGCGUCCUACAGGAGAAAGCCCCCGACAUGCCACAAUACACCGGACAGGGCGACACGGAUUACCAUGGGAGUAACGGACAGGCGGACACCCACUCGUUGCACUCGUCUCAUCUGUCCGUCCAGGAAGAUCCGCUGCUCAUUCGGACUCACAAGCAACAAACUUCUCAGCAAGUGACGACUGUGACGAAAGUCGUGCGUGAGGUUUCCCACAUGGAGCCGGAUCCGGGCGCGGUCAGUUACAUGUCGGUGCCGUUAAUGUCGCAAGACUAUCAACACGCGGAUCCGCGCUACCCCGCGGACCCGUACAUGGUCAGUUUCGAUCAUUACGACCCGUACCUGGGUUAUCCGCCGCAGCCAGGUUACCCGGGGCCCCAUGGCAUCUACAUGCCGCGCUCGCAUUCCCCGCACAGCCCUCAUAGCCCGUCGGAGCACAGUCGUGCUUCCCCGCCACACGAAUAUAUGCGCAAGGGUGCGCCCUACGUGGAGGGUAGCUAUAAUGAUAUCGACCCUGGCUUAAACCCCGCUUUACAGGACCAUUAUCGCAUUACUCCGAGUCCAGGUGGUCCCGGGGAUCAGUAUGACGAGAGCAAAGUGGCCUACGGAUACGUGUCACCAUCGCCAUAUGGGCCUGUGGGAUACGGGCCCGCUGUGGGAGUCGGACCAGUACCGAGCGACGUGCCCGGUUACGAGGAGGGUCACCCGGGGGUGCCCCUCACGUCAGGUGUACCACCCGGCAUCUUCGAGGACGAGGUGCAUUUGCAACGACUGCAAUCACGUCAUCCGGUAGUACCAGGCAUGGCAAGCCCUCUCGACGACGAUCAAAAAUCUAUGCGCUGGCGAGACCCGAACCUGUCCGAGGUGAUCGGCUUCCUCAGCAACCCUAACAGUAUAAUCAAGGCAAACGCGGCCGCUUACCUGCAACACCUGUGCUACAUGGACGAUCCGAACAAGCAGAAGACGCGCAGCCUGGGUGGUAUACCGCCUCUGGUGCAGCUGCUGGAUCACGACACCUUGGACGUUUAUAGGAACGCUUGCGGCGCCCUCAGAAAUCUAUCGUAUGGUCGUCAGAAUGAUGAAAACAAGCGCGCCAUCAAGAACGCCGGCGGCGUACCCGCUCUUAUCAAUCUGCUGCGGAGAACGUCCGACGCGGACAUCAAAGAACUGGUCACGGGGGUCCUAUGGAAUCUCUCCUCGUGCGAAGAUCUGAAGAGGUCGAUCAUCGACGAUGGUGUUACAAUGGUGGUAAACAACAUAAUAAUACCUCAUAGCGGCUGGGACCCGAGCUCGUCGAGCGGUGAAACCUGCUGGUCUACGGUCUUCAGAAACGCAUCGGGCGUACUGAGGAACGUCUCCAGCGCCGGCGAAUACGCGCGUAAAAAUCUACGCGAAUGCGAUGGUCUAGUGGACGCAUUGCUCUACGUCGUACGUUCGGCGAUCGAGAAGUCUAACAUCGGUAACAAGAUCGUCGAAAACUGCGUGUGUAUCUUGAGGAACUUGAGCUACCGCUGUCAGGAGGUGGAGGACCCCAAUUAUGACAAACACCCGAUACAGUCUACGGUACAGAAUAGGGUCGCUGCACCCGCGAAAGCAUACAGUUUAUGUCAAGGUGAGAAUUUGGGCUGUUUCGGCGGUAGCAAGAAAAAAAAGGACGGUCAACCGGUUCAAAAGGAAACUACCACGUCACGUACGACAAAUCCGCGAACCGAACCAGUCAGAGGAAUGGAAUUGCUCUGGCAACCGGAAGUAGUCCAGUCGUAUCUUAGUCUUUUGCAAACAUGUUCGAAUCCAGAAACAUUAGAGGCUGCAGCCGGGGCCUUGCAAAAUCUCGCCGCCUGUUACUGGCAGCCGAGUAUCGAAAUUCGCGCAGCUGUUCGUAAAGAAAAAGGUCUCCCUAUAUUAGUGGAACUCUUAAGAAUGGAGGUGGACCGAGUAGUAUGCGCGGUUGCGACCGCACUCAGAAAUUUGGCGAUAGACCAACGCAAUAAGGAAUUAAUAGGCAAGUACGCGAUGAGGGAUCUCAUUCAAAAACUGCCGUCUGGAAAUAAUCAGCACGAUCAGGGCACGAGCGAUGACACGAUCGCCGCGGUGCUCGCCACAUUAAAUGAGGUCAUCAAGAAGAACGCCGAAUUCUCGCGGUCAUUGCUCGAUGCUGGCGGUGUUGACAGAUUAAUGAACAUCACUAGGCAACGCCAGAAAUACACACCGCGUGUUCUUAAAUUUGCAGGACAAGUACUUUUCACCAUGUGGCAACAUCAAGAGCUGCGAGAUGUGUAUAAAAAGCAUGGUUGGAAGGAGCAAGAUUUCGUCACGAAAACCGUCGCCGCCAGAAAUUCAGGGCCUAAUUCACCUAACAAUGCUAACAGUUAUGAUUGCAGCACUCUGAAUCGACCAAUGGCGAGCCAGGGAAGCACAAGAUACGAGGAUCGAACAAUCCAGCGAGCAAAUAUGAAUUCGAAUAAUGUCGGUCGACCUACUAUAUAUCAAUCACAGCCGAAACCCGGUGAGCCGCUCUACGCGCAAGUUAACUUGGAGAAGAAAAAGAAGCGGCAGUACGAGCUGGGGGUGGGCCAGGGUGGCCAGGUGGGUCAAGUGGCCGGCGGUAGUGGUGGCGUCGCGAUAUCUGGAGGCGGCGGCGGCGGCGGUCAAUGGGUGCCGGACGGGGUUGGAUUGGUGCCGGAUGGCACCGGCACCCCAUCGGUCACGGCGUCGGUUGCUAAUCAAGUGCCUCCGCCGAGUUCGACCGUCGCCGCCGCCGGCGAUUCCUGGGUAUAACGCGCCCUACGAGCGGGUCCUACGCGGGACCGCCAGGAGGAUCUCGCCGGGAACCUCGAGCAGCUGUUGCUGCCGCCGCCGCCGUCGCCGCCGCCUCUGAAUCUAUCCAUGUAGCGGGACAACGGGACGGACCAAGGUCCGAACGAAAUCCGGAGGAUUUUAACUUAGAGGACGAUCGCGUUUUUUCCGGAGUAUGACAGGGACACGGACUCUCUGGCGUAGAUUCGAGGACAACGUGGGGAUUAUAUUUAUUCGAGAAAGACGUUGCGGGAGACAGGGAAAA